AUGAUGCUGGAGAAGUGCUCCUUCUGUAACAAAGGGGAAUGUAUCAAACCUGUAAAAGUGGAGAAAAAGCCUGGAAAAGCAGGAGCUAAGAUCAGAAUUGAAGCAGAUGGAAGCUAUUUUCAGAUCGAUCAGGAUGGAGGGGCGCAGAAACUGGAAAAGGCUAAAAUUACUCUGAACGACUGCUUAGCUUGUAGUGGCUGCAUUACAUCAGCAGAGAGUGUUUUAAUCACUCAGCAGAGCCACGAGGAGCUGUGCAAAGUGCUGACUUUUAACAAGACCGCCGCUCCCAAUGAACAGAAAUUGGUGGUGGUUUCUGUGUCACCGCAAUCCAGAGCUUCCCUGGCUGCACGGUGUCAAAUGGGCAUUCUGGAGACAGCAAAGAAGUUGACUGCAUUCCUAAAGAGCUUAGGUGUGCACUAUGUUUUCGAUACAACUUUCUCGAGAAACUUCAGCCUGCUGGAGAGCCAACGAGAGUUUGUGAAACGCUUUCGAAAGCAAUCUGAAGACAAAAAGGCUUUGCCAAUGCUGGCUUCUGCCUGUCCAGGUUGGAUCUGCUAUGCAGAGAAGACCCACGGCAGUUUCAUCAUUCCUUACAUCAGCACCACCAAGUCUCCGCAGCAGGUCAUGGGCUCCUUGGUCAAGGGCCGUUUUGCAGAGCAGCAG